GGUACACAUGAACUCCUUCAAUCAUCUUCUUCAUAACCUCCCAAAAUCAUCAACAUUUAAACACCUGAACAUUUACCACCAUUUCAACCACACUCUUGCUUUAAACACUGCCCCGCCAACAAACCAAUCACCAUUACCACAAUCGAACCAAGACCUAGCCAACGCCAUAACAAUCCAGUUAUCAAUCUGCACAACUUUACAAGAAUUGAACCAAAUUUACGCCAACAUUGUCCGAACCCAGUUGCUCCACUCUUAUCCCGCUCCAUUCCAUUGGAAUAACAUAAUAAGAUCGUACACUAGAGUGGAUGCUCCUACGAAAGCUCUACAGAUUUACUUAUCCAUGUCUCGAGCUGGUAUCUUGCCCGAUUCUUAUACUCUUCCCAUUGUUUUAAAGGCUGCGUGUCAGGUAUAUGCUACUGGGUUUGGUAGGCAGCUUCAUUCGGCUGCUAUGAAAGUUGGUCUUGAAUUAAAUGAGUAUUGCGAGAGUGGUUUCGUUAAUUUGUAUGUAAAAUGUGGUGAUUUUACGAAUGCGUAUAAGGUGUUCGAUGAAAAUCCUGAUAGAAAAUUAGGUUCUUGGAAUGCUAUUAUAGCGGGACUUAGUCAAGGCGGGCGUGCGAAGGAAGCUAUAGAGAUGUUUAUAGAGAUGAGAAAAUGUGGGUUUUUGCCGGAUUGUGUGACCAUGGUUAGUGUUUUAUCGGCUUGUGGUAAUUUAGGUGAUUUGUGUUUAGCUAUUCAGUUGCAUAAAUAUGUUUUUCAUGCUAACAAUGUUGCGAAACCAGAUAUUCUAAUGUUUAAUUCGCUUAUCGACAUGUAUGGAAAAUGUGGUAGAAUGGAUUUAGCAGGGGAAGUGUUUUCUGCAAUGGAACAAAAAAAUGUGUCCUCAUGGACAUCAAUGAUAGUAGGCUAUGCAAUGCAUGGACAUGCCGAUGAGGCUAUUGGGUACUUUGAUUGUAUGAGAAAAGCUCAAGUGAAGCCUAAUUAUAUAACUUUUAUUGGCGUCUUGAGUGCUUGUGUUCAUGGCGGUAAGGUACAAGAAGGGAAGCUUUUCUUUAAUAUGAUGAAAAAUGUGUAUGGUAUAAUGCCUCAAAUGCAACACUAUGGGUGCAUGGUGGAUUUGCUCGGGAGAGUCGGGUUGCUUCAAGAGGCUAGAGAGACUGUGGAAGCGAUGCCGAUGGAGCCAAAUGUGGUGAUAUGGGGGUGUUUGAUGGGUGCCUGUGAGAAAUAUGGAGAUGUGAAGAUGGGUGAGUGGGUGGCUAAGCAUUUACAUGAAUUAGAACCUUGGAAUGAUGGGGUUUUUGUUGUGUUGUCUAAUAUAUAUGCUAGUAAAGGUUUGUGGGAAGAGGUUGAAAGGAUUAGAAUAGGUAUGAAACAACAUAAGCUUGCUAAACUUCCUGCUUAUAGUUUGACUACUACUAGUUCGAAUUGAAGUUGAUGAUAAGUUCUGUAAAGAACAUUUGAUUAAACAUCAUAUUAAUUAGUUUCUAUCAUUGAUUUUAACAAUAAAAAGAUAGUGGUUUGCA